UCCUCUUCUUUCUCCCCCUACAUUCUUUUAUUCAACCCUUCUUUACUUUUCUUUUUCCUGAUCCUCCUUUAUUUAAUCUCCUUCUUAAUACCUAAUACCUUUAUCAAUUUUCAGCAUCAUAAUUUGCUCUCUGCUUUCUUUUCUAUGGCCACCGGUGGAGCAUAGAGUAGCUAGCCUUUGCCAUGUUUCUGUGUCAAGCUUGUUCUGGUGCUUUGUUUCUUCUCUGAGUGAUAGUGGAUCUUCAUCAGAACCUGGGUAAAGGUUUUCAGUCUGUGCUGCUAGCCAGCGGUGUUAAUUCAGAAGAGAGGGGCGACUUUGAUUGACACAAAGAUUCCCUUCCCACACACUUGGAGUUUGCUUCCUGCAGAUUCCGUGCUCUGCUCAAGGGUUCUAAGUGCUUUUCUUGUGAAGUACUCCGAAGGAAACUGAGCUGUGUAAACGAGAUGGCUGCUUCCUGCCAGGCCCUCCCUUGUGAUAGGGACUCUGAGGGUGGGGAAAGCUGACAGCCUGUACCUCUAUAAGUGAUGCUGUCCACAUAUCCACUCUGACUUGGAGGCAGACAGCCACACCACCUGUGGGCUGCGUGUGCGUGAGCUUGGCCACCAGUGCUUGAGUGUCCUCUGGUUUUGAUUUUCUGGAGGUAAGAUCCGCACACCUAAUUAAGGACUAACUGGGCAGGAGGGUCCUGCUUACUGCUGCCAUUUUGGCGGAACCAUGAACCCUACUCAUCACUGUUUGUCGUUGGCUCUCUGACUCCUGAGAACAGAGUAACUUAAAAUACUGAGGGACAGACCAGCUAAUAGACAGCCCUAUUAGGAUUUUCACACUGGGGUCAGCUAAGAUCAGAGAGGUACAGGGAUUCCAUUUGAGCUACCAGUGAGGCUAGAACAAAAAAGAAUCUCCUUGAGGAUUCAGGCCCCUGACUCCCCUGAGUUCUACUCCUCUGAUCAGGGAUCAUAGUAUCUGACGCUGGAGGGCUGGGGUGUGAGGCUGUGUGAGAUAAUAGAUGCUCCUGGGGAUUUCUGACUGGGAAGAGUUGGGUCUUGUUGGUAAUCUUGACUAUAUCUGCUUGUCUGUCAUGAUCUACUCUGUUCCUGGGGCCCGCAAAGUGGAGCAAGAAUGGGGGUGUGGCAGAGGGGAGCCACGUUAAUGCUACAGAUGGGUUGGUAAUCCUUCCCUCCUGCAGGAGAAGUCACUGGAGCAGCAGCCAUGUCACUGUGUUCUUUAGCCUUUGUCCUCUUCUUGGCUGCUGUUGCUGGUAUCAAGUGCAAUGGGACAGAAGUGUGUGCCGGAAGUCCUGGUAUCCCUGGCACUCCUGGAAACCAUGGCCUGCCUGGCAGAGAUGGGAGAGAUGGUAUCAAAGGUGACCCUGGACUUCCAGGUCCCAUGGGCCCCCCUGGAGGAAUGCCAGGUCUUCCUGGGCGUGAUGGGAUGCCUGGAGCCCCUGGUGCCCCUGGAGAACGUGGAGACAAGGGAGAGCCUGGAGAGAGGGGUCUUCCAGGAUUUCCAGCUUACCAGGAUGAGGAACUGCAGACCGAUCUCCUCGAGAUAAGACAUAAGAUACAGCAAAUGAUGGGAGUCCUCAGCUUGCAAGGAUCCAUGUUGCCUGUCGGAGAGAAAGUCUUCUCCACCAAUGGGCAGUCAGCCAACUUUGAUACCAUUAGAGAGACAUGUAUCAGGGCAGGUGGCAACAUUGCUGUACCAAGGAGCCCAGAGGAGAACGAGGCCAUCUCAAGCAUCGUGACCAAGUACAACAUCUAUGCCUACUUGGGCAUGGUUGAAGACAAGAUCCCUGGAGAGUUCCAAUACCUGGAUGGGGCUUCUGUGAACUACACCAACUGGUACCCAGGGGAGCCCAGGGGUACGGGCAAAGAGAAGUGUGUAGAGAUGUAUACAGAUGGGCGAUGGAAUGACAAGGGCUGCCUGCAGUACCGGCUGGCUAUUUGUGAAUUUUGA